AAUAAGACUUUAUAAGAAGCUAAAAUUUCAUAUUUAAAAAAAUAAUAAAAAUAUAAAAUUGAGUAAAUUACGCCAAAGUAUUUUAUCAAAACAAAAAUUAAAAGAAUAUUCUAGUAGGCAAAUACAAAAGGAAAACGAAACAAAAACAGUAGUGGAAAGUGGACACUGAAGACGGACUGGUUCGUGGGAACCACCGCAAACUUUUCCCCUAUUCUGUGCUUUCUGUGCUAAGCUUGUUCAAGAAGUUGAGACAAUAUGAACAUUCACUACUGUCUGCUCUUUUACAAGGCUCUUCCUCUUCGAGUAAAAUUAGCUAAACAGCUCCUCUGCUUUCUGUUAUUGGAAGAGGAAUGUAGCUAUUAACACUCCUCAUCAGGUCUAAUGCUGUCAGUGCCAUCAGACUUACCAGUUGGAUGGAGGUUCCAUCCCACCAGUGAAGAGCUGCUUGAUCAUUACUUGAAAAAUAAGAGACUUGGUGUUCCUACAGAGGGCUCUGACAUCCAAGAGGUUCAGAUUUGCAACUUUGACCCUUGGGAUCUACUUGAUAACAAGUCUCCAAACGAAGAGAGGUACUUCUUUUGUCGUCGUGAAUUUUACUUAAAAACUGGAAGGAUUAAGAGGAAAAGGAAAACAGGAGGUGGAUUCUGGAAAAAGACUGGUGAGACUCAAUCAGUUACACCUGUAGAUAGUGAUGAGGAGAUUGGAACAAAAAGAAUUUUUGUUUAUCAUGACCCUAAUCCAACAAAAUGGGUCAUACAUGAAUAUGAGUACACUGCACAACUCAAUUCGCCUGUUAAGGGCGAUUUCGUUUUAUGUAAACUCAUGAUAAAUAAGAAAGCAAAUAAGAAGUUAAAAAAAUUAGAACAAGAUUCCAAUAACAAAAAGCCAAAUAAGAAGUGCAUUAAAAUUCAACUAGAUUAUGAGAAGACUGAACCAAGAGAAGGUGUAUCAAAUUGUAAUACAGCUUCUAGUUCAAAUAUUAUAACUGCUGUUUCAACCAAUGAAGAUGGUCAAUUAAGCUAUUCAAAGAAUUCCCUUUUUCAAAGUCAAGAUACUCAUCAGAUGACUGCUGUCUCAAUCUAUAACAAAACUGAAACAAAUUCAACAGUGCAUUCUGAUUCCAAAACUACAAAACCAUAUGAGAUGGAUCCUGUUUCAACAAGUUUCUUAAUUGCUUCUGAUUCAGAAUAUCCAAACUCUUAUGAGAUUGACCCUUCCGCAACAAGUCUCUUAAUUACUUCUGUUUCAAAAAGUCUAAACUCAUAUGAGAUUGACCCCUUCAUAAAAGAUUCAUCAAUUAAUGAGAUUGAUCCCUCUAUAAAACAUUCAUCAAUUUCCUAUGAUUUGAAAAAUACAAAGUCGUAUGAGAUUGAUCCCUUUAUAGAACAUUCAUCAAUUUCCUAUGAUUUGAAAAAUACAAAGUCUUAUGAGAUUGAUCCCUUUAUAAAACAUUCAUCAAUUUCCUAUGAUUUGAAAAAUACAAAGUCUUAUGAGAUUGAUCCCUUUAUGAAACAUUCAUCAAUUUCCUAUGAUUUGAAAAAUACAAAGUCUUAUGAGAUUGAUCCCUGUACAAAGACUUCAUCAAUUUCCUAUAAUUUGGAAGAUACAAAUUCAAAUCCAAAUGUGGUAGAUAUUUUUUCUACCUUUAACAAAACCAAUUCUAGCUGCCUAAUGGCUUCUAGUUUGCACAAUCAAAAUCCAUAUGAGCUAACUUAUGUUUCAAUGCAUAACAAAGGUGAAACAAGUUGCCUGAUGGAUUCUGAUUAUGAAAACAAUAAAAUUGAGAUGGCUGCCGAGUCAGCUUACGAGAAUCAAGAUCCUAGUAAGAUGACCUAUAUGUCAGCCUCUGUCGAAAGUGAAUGGAGAAUGUUCCAAGAAAUGCCUUCGGAUUUUGAAAAUCAAAAUCGAUACGAGAAUACUGAUAUGUCAGUUUUCCAAGAUAACUGGGGUGUCUCAAUGGCUUAUAAUGCCCAAAAAACUACAUUUCAAAAAGUGGAAAAUCAACAUAAGAAGACGGAUUCGCCAAUCCUUGUAGGAUAUCAGGGUUCAUUGAUGGCUUAUGAUGCAGAGGAAGCUGCAUUUUCUGAGGUGAGAGACGGCAUGCUUGGUGCACCGGUGGUAAUUUUACUAUGCUUACUUUCCUAUGUUGCUUUCUGCAGGUAGAUUUAUACCUACUGGAAUAACUCACAACAUCAGAUGAAUUAGAUAGCAGCCUUAACUCUGCACUACAGCAGCCUAUGCACACCAACAAAAUUCCCGGUUACAUUGCCUACACUACCUCUCUGUCAGCUUGCACCGGUUAUGUUCUUAUUUCCUUUCUUGUAAGUAAAACACAUAAACUAGAACGUAGACACUCGUUAUAGUUUAUGAAUAUUAGUGUGGAGUGAGGACUAAAAAGCUCCAGCUAUUUAGUUAUAGCUAAAACCCUGAUUCUGAAGAUAUUGAAUAGAACGUCUUGAACGACUUCCCAUGUAUUGUUUAUUUCCAGUGUAAUUGUAUUAACAGAUAGGUGCUUGAAUUUUCUGGGUAUGUAACAUAAUGUAAACCCUGUUGAUAAAUUAAAUAGCUGUUUUCUUACAUUUA